AUGAUUUGGUUGUUCCUAUCCACCUCUGUUUCGCUUCGUCCUAUCAUUCUUGUUCCAGGAACAAUGGGAAGCAAUCUUGUUGCAACAAUUACUAAUAGAAAAACACAUUGGUAUUGCCCAAAAAAUCUGAAUAAUGAAGAAAUUUGGGUUGAUGAAGAAUAUGUUAUACCACCAAUCGUUAAUUGCUUAGGAGAUUGGCUUACAAUGCGUUAUGAUCCAACAAUCAAUGAUGCUGUCGAUCAAGAAAAUUGUAAAAUUGAUAUUGUUGAUUUCGGAGGAGUCAAUGGCAUGAGUUUCAUUGAUGAUAUUUUCAACUCAUCUAAACUCAUCCCUUACAUGCACGAAUACAUUAAAUACCUUCAAAAGCACGGAUAUACAGUUGGCCAAGACCUUUUUGGCGCCCCAUUCGAUUGGAGAAGAGGACUUGUUCUUGGACAAGACCACUAUGAUAAAAUGACGAAACUUGUCGAAGAAGCUUAUGUUAAGAAUGACAAUCAAAAAGUUGUCCUUGUAGGCCACUCCCUCGGUGGUUAUUUCGUUCAUUACUUCUUAACAAACAAGACUACAGCUGACUGGCGUGCCAAAUACAUCGAAUCAGCCUUAUUAGUUGCACCUUCUUUCGGCGGAGCAGGAACAGUCGUUGAACAGCUUUGGAACGGAAAGGUUUCCUUCUUACGCAGCCUCGGACUUAACAAAGAUAUCAUGGCAAAGCUUGCUUCCUCAAUCGGAGCUUUAUAUGUUCAUCUGCCAAACAUUAAUGCUUUCCAAGAUGAAGUAGUUCUCAUCGAUGAUGCAGGCAAGAGCUAUACUGCUAAAGAUGCCUUCGAAGCUCUCAAAGCAAACGGAAAAUUCCGCGAUACUCCAGAAAUUGCAGCCCUUCAUACCGAAUUCUAUCAAAACCAGUUGAAACCGCUCGAUGUACCAACUUUCCUCGUCUACAAUGAUAGGUUCGACACAACUUCUGGAUGGGAUGCUCAAAAAGGAGAAAAACUACGCACUGAUGGCGACUCAGUUGUCAACAGUUUUGGUGCAAAGUAUGUUUGCAACAAUUGGAAGACAAAUAAGAAAUUAUUGUGCCAUAACCUCAAUUCUACGUCAUAUUGGUCAACUCAUAUCCUUAUGGUUGCAAAAGAGGAAUAUAUUGACCUUGUUCUUCAACAUGCUCUUGAUACUUCAUGGGAAAAUUAA